UGCUCGCUCCCCGCCACCAUCCACGCACGCGCCGCCGUCAGCGAUCUGUUCCGUACCAACACGUCUUGGCCGCCCCUCUGUCGUCGCCGGUGUCCGGAAGAGCACGGCCCUGCUUCCACAGCCGUCCUCGCCGCCGCCCACAGCAACGACGCCGCCAAUCCCGCACGGUCCCUGCUCCGCCCCGACCAUCCUCUCCGCCGUACGGCCUGCCGCCACGACCACCCGUCGCCGCCGCCAUGCGCAGAAAUAGCAGAGGGAGGCCCUGCCGCUCCUCCGACCUCGCCGCCGUCCGCACGGCCGGACCUGCCGCUCCUCGGACCUCGCCGCCGUACGCACAUCCCGGCCUGCCGCCCCGACCAUCCGCGUCGCCAUAUGCGCCAACACUAGGGCACUCCCGCACCUCGGGCCUCUCGCCGCCGUCCGCACCUUUCGCAAGGGAGCGCGGCCCUGCUGCCCCGAGGUGCCGUUUUUGGAGUCCAUUUUUGGAGUUCGUCUACACCUCUGAAGAUGGGCAAGCAUAAUCAAUAUGCACCUCCAUUCCCGUCAGGGCAUCGCACUCCAUUUACGGACCUAACAAACUCACCUAUAGUUGGAAAUGCCCAAAUAACUGAUGAGAAAGAGUCAGCAUCCCCACAUACGCGUCAUGUAAACCACCAACAUAAUAUUCCAUCAGCUGGGGAUAGUGUUACCCAUGAGCCGGUGGCACACACGCAUGCUUCUUCAAUGGGGGCUGUGCAAUGUACUGCUUUCAGCGACAUAACCAACACACCCACAGAUGGGUGUACAUCUACAAGCUCUGCGACUCAUCUUCUCGAUGAAGUAAAUGGUGCCCAAGAAAAAGAAGUGGCCACAGUUGGUAUGCCGGCCUAACUAAUGAAUAGAGGGCAGAAUACUUAAAUAAGAAACGGAUUGCGCAACUAAAAAGAAAACAUGCUUCAUGCAAAGAUAAUGUCGAUGUGACUCAUAAUUCCUCUUUUUCAGUUGGUAAGGCCAACUCCAAAUAUGACAUAUUUAUGGACCAUCUUCAUUGUGAAUUAUGGGUUGGUCUACUCUUCUGAUGUACAGGUGCAACCUCUACGCCGCCACCCUCCAUGAGGUCAUCUCUUCCAGACGAGCAAGAUGUUGUGAUACAAAAACAAUGACGUGGCCAAAGUUGGUAUGCUAGACUUUCCGACGAGCGGCGAGCAGAAUACCUAAACAAACAACGGAUGGCGCAAAGAGACAAAAAAGCUGCAAGAACGGUUGCGUUGCCUCAGUCAUCAUCCCCACAAGGUGCGGCUGAAACCUCUUUGCCGGAUAACGAUGCCAUUACUCAGCACCAAUUGCCAGAAAUAGUAGGAGACUGCAACAUACGAACUGGCAAGGGGUGGUACGCCAGCUUAUCCGGACAGAGGAAAGAAGAACACCUAAGGAAGCUUCGGAUCUCGCACAAACAAAAGAGAGCUGGUUUGCUUGAUGUCGAUGUUAAUGAAGGUAUUGGUCAAAGUGGACCAGCGCAGUCCCAACUCACCCGCGUGGUAGACACACCAUUAUGCAGGCCAAAUUUGGACGAAGGCGGUUCUGCUGAUUGGUUACACAGCAAUCUGACUUACGUAUGACCAGCGAGGACGACUGAACCCAUUGUGCCCAUGAGUUUUAUCUCUGGGCACAACAUGGAGUCAAUAGGUAUAUUGCAACUAAAACUAAGAAAUCUGUAUACAUUCUAUUGUGUGUCAGUGUGAUGUACCUCCUUCCAUUGACAUUUACACUCUACCAUGCGUUGAAUGGUACCAUAUGCUUCCAAUGAGAAGGAACGCAACCGUAAAAAGAUAAGAUACUUAGAAAUGACCACGCAGCAGAAAGAUGCUUUGUUGGAGAAGAAUCGUGCUUACAAAAGGGGAAAGCGGAAGCGGAACCAUACUGAUGUGCCAAGUGGAUCCUCAUACCCGUCACCACAUACUCCUGCCACUGGAUUGCAGCCAUCUCACAUAAAUAGCCAUACAGGAGGUAGGGAUGAUGAAGAUGACUAUGACGCCCACGGUAUCUUUGAGCCAAUGGGACCGGUUGCUGAAAUGAUGGAAUGUCUGCAUACCGUCCGAACUGGCGACACCCUGUCCGAUGAUGAUGAUGAGGAAUGUAGGCUAUUCAGUGUACAAGGUAAUGAGUUCGAAUCAUACAGAGUGACAGAUGAUGGUUCGCAUGCUUUAGAUGCUCAUGAUCCCUAUGACUAUGUCUACAAAAAUCUACCAAGCAAGCAUCAUGUUUUGAAGCCAGUAAAGGAUUGUGUACACUGUGGAGCAAUGAGGUUCGAGUAUGAAGGCCCAGCCUUCUGUUGUAGAAAGGAUAAGGUCAAGAUAUUUAUCCCAGAGGUUCCUCAAGACCAACGACGAUUGUUUACAAGUCAGGUAGACAUGGAUGCAAAGUACUUUAGAAAGCACAUUCGAUAUUUCAACUCCCACUUCUCCUUCACAAGCCUUGGAGUUACCCUUGACAAUCGGGUCAACACCGUGGCAAGAACCGAUGUAUAUACAUUCCAUGCUCAUGGUCAGUUGUACCACCGUUUAGACCAUCUUGUACCAGGUGAUCACGAACCCAAGCAUUUGCAGCUGUACAUUUAUGAUACAGAUGAAGCCUUGGAACAUAGGGUCAAGUGCUCUCCAGAUCUUGAUAUCAAUCUCAUACGGAAGAUUCUUCGUAUAUUAUAG